AUGCUUUGUUGGGCCGGAGGACUGGGGUUGCCCCCAAUCAGCUCGUCGCCUGAGACAGAACGACGCCCGCCGCCGCCUCCAACAAAUCUCGAUUUCCCGGCCUAUCACCUACUGGAUGUUCCAGACGAUGCAUCGGACGAGUCUCUUAAGGACGUUUACGGUCUCUUGGCCUCUAUUCGGCGGCCACAGGAUAUCUCAAAAGACAAGCUCAGGGCGCUGAAUCUACGACUGGAGAAGGACAUCCCUGCUGAGCGCAUCGUUCCUCAGGUCACACCGGACAUAUUUCCUCCGCUCCCUUGGGGCGACCAUCCUUUGAAUGAGACGGAAGAUGGCGAGCCGAUCCUGAUGGACAACGGAAACCCGUACCCCGCCGUGAGUCGAUUCGGAAUCUUGAAGAAGGAAUUACUGCUGGACAACGAUGAUGCGUUUCGAGAAGUUGCGAGAUUGCCGCCCCAAGAUGGCCGCGAGCGGGUCCGGGUGACCCAUACGAGAAAGUUUUGGACGGGUCUGGAGCGGAUGGCGCAGUGGUGGGACCCUAGCCUGGACAACUAUUUUGAGCGGCCGGCCUCGCCUCAAUCGUCCGAUGAGGACAAGAUGUUGGCCGAUGGCGAGGUUCAGCCGUCCGACCACAGCCCGCCAGCGACACCCAUGGAUGUGGACAAAUCACCACCAACGCAAGCUAUCAGCGGAACGACCCCAGUGGCGGAAGAGGGCCAGGCAAACGUCAAGAGGUAUACCGGUCGUCGCAUAGGUACCGGCCGGGAUAUGCCAGAGGAAAUCCGGGAUGAGACCGUGCGCGCGCUGGCGGAGAUGGCCGCCUGGCCGUUUGGAUGCCAGAUUGCGCUACCCAUGUUCCCGCCGCGACUUGCCAUCAAGACACUUCUGCUACCGAUCCGACAUUCUUUUCAGGUUGCCCGAUCUCCCAAAGACCGACAGCUCGCCCGGUGCGGCGUGAUGGAAGGCCCUCUCUUUGUGGCUCAAUGCCGGUCCGAGACCUCUUUCCGAGAAUCAGGCGACGCCCCGGGAUCCGGCAUGGGAGAGAUCUGCGAUUUGCACAGGGAACUCGGCGCCAUGCUGCUGGCUGCGCAGGAACGCGCGCGUCAGGGGGCAACGGAGGUGCGGUCGGGCGAGGGCAAGUGGUGGGCAACGAAGCCGAGAUGGGGCGGGUCGACGCCGAAAGCAGAGGAGAGCGGCGAUGGUGAGGGUGAACUUGCACUGGAGAAUGGCAACGAUCGCAAGCGGUCCAAAUACGAGCACCCGUUUGUGGCAUCUCGUCGCCCUGGUGCCGGGCGGAGACUGAGUAAUGUCGAGAGAUGGAGGAUCGUGCAACCCGGGCCGAGUCUCUGGGAUCGACGGAUGAGGUAUAUUCAGAUCGGAAAGGCCCCGGACAGCCCGUUUGACGAUGUCUACAUGCUAUCCUCCAUCAACCACCACGUCUCCAUCCUGCAUCUUCGCAUCCACCGUCGGUAUCUGGAGAUACUCAGUACAGGCGAGAGCGACUUUCCUCCGGAUACCGACACGCCCGACCAGCCGUGGUACAUCCUGAAGCUUCGGCGAACACGAUGGUAUGACCUUUUUGAGCCGCAGCAACGCCUGGAGAUAUUCCAAGGCGUGUGGACGAUGUUCCACUACCUCCUACGAAAGAUGUGA